UUUAUUAUUAACGAUUUAAGUAACACCAGAUGUUGCUGGUUUGACAUUAAAAGUUUCAAGCAUAUCUGGGAAAACAUGAGUGUAGAGCAGUUUGUUAAGUAAUGGGAAUAUGUUUACACAAAGUUUUUCAUCAUGACAUGGAUUCAUUAGCACACAAAUUUCAUGGACACAAAGAAGGACGAAGGUCAAUUUGCAUCACUCCGGAUGUGCAAAUAUCAAAAGAACAUCAACGUGUUCAGCCACGUUCCACGUCUAUAUCUUCACGAGGUAGCAUAUCAACUGUGUCACGUGGCAGUAUAAAGAGUGACCCAUUCGCAGGUUAUGAAGACACGAGUAGUAUAAGUGCACGAAGUGAUACGAGCGUAGAUAGCUAUGUUUUUGAUCCUUCAUUUGGUGCUAUUCGACCGGAUUUGUAUCCGAGAAAAGACGCUGUGUUACAACAAUCAUCUGUAGAUAGAAGUUUUGGACGUCUUCAUGUACGUCUAAAGUAUGAUUUUAGGACGUCAGAUCUGGUGGUUCAUUUGAUUGAAACACAAGAUCUUCCGCCAUCGGAAAAGAUGGAUCCAGAUGGUGGUUUUAGUGAUCCAUACAUCAAAGUAAGCAUAGAACCAAUUGUCGACGAAAGAACGCGCCAGUCAUCUGUAAAGCGCAAGACGGCCAACCCGUUUUAUAAUGAAUAUUUCAAAUUUCCUGCAACAUAUGACGUCAUCAAAGAAUCUUCACUGGUAUUUCUUGCAUAUGAUAAUGACAAGUUUUCCCGCCAUAAAUUGAUAGGUGAAGUUCGGAUAGAUUUGUCGAAGGUGGAGACGAGCAACAGUGUGGAGAUGUGGUGUGAUAUACAGAAACAAACUCAGCAAGAAAGUGCUGAGCUUGGAGAAAUCCUUCUAUCAUUGAGUUACUUACCUACGGCUGAGAGAUUAACAGUGGUUGUGAUGAAAGCCAAAGACUUAAGAGUGCCAGUUACAACGCCAUCUUCAGAUCCUUACGUAAGGAUAACACUAAUAGUGGAUGGAAAGAAAGUUAAACGGAAGAAAACAAGCGUUAUGAAAGGUACACAUAAUCCAGUCUGGAAUGAAGCCCUUUCCUUUAAUAUACCUGCUGAACUGUUGCCAAAGGUCAUGUUAGAAUGUCACGUGGUUGACAACGACCUUAUAGGUCAUGGAGAAUUUGUCGGCUCCUGCGUUAUUGGGUCAAGGAGGACAGGAAACGAGGGCAAACAUUGGAAUGAUAUGAUACAAAACCAACGUAAAUCUAUGGCCAUGUGGCAUGCUCUGCAUAAAUAGACAACAUCACGAUGGACCUUAUAUGUACAUGUAUAUAGUGCCUAGUAGGGUGGUCUUUUUUUGUGUCGUCUGGCCACUCUUAAAUUCCAGGCUAAAUGUGUUUAAUUUGAUAUUUGUGUUCUCAACAUAAAUAUUAAUUACAAAGCGAUAUAUAUAUCAAAGUGCUAAGAAUUAGCAUUGUCGAAAGAUCUGUGUACCCAGACGACAUAAUAUUUCUUUAAACGUAUAAAAAUGCUUUAAUGUAAAAUCAUCUUGUUUCUAUUUAAGACUAAUCUACUUAAUACAUACUAUAGGGCAAAUAUGUUACAAUUCUUUUGAUACCUUGAAAAAAAACAUAUUUCUUAAACCAGAUUGAUUUCACUACAUUAUGUCUUUAUGCAUCCAUCGUAGUUGCUUACUUAAAUAAAAUUUACCCAAAUGA